GCGUCAUCGGCGCCCGCAGAAGGGAAGUGUUGAGGAUGAAAGCUUCGCAGUGGAGACCCUUCCUGCGGCACCUCGCCUACAGCCUUCACGAAAACCCGAAAGUAAACGCCACUUGCCUCGAAAACAUGCGGCUGUUUCUCAAUGCCAUGAUGCUCCAAGAUGAUGCCGGACUGGAGCUGCUUGACUCUCUGGGAACCUUACCCAGCGGUAUACUACGAGGAUCGUUGACAGAUGAAGGGUCGUAUGAAGGGUGCUUUUCAGCCAACGUCACGGAUAAAAAUGGAAACUUCGUUGCGAGGAAGUUCUGCGACGUCGUUGUCUAUCAUCGAGCUGCAAUUCUCAAUUUCCCAGUUCUUCAAAACCAGCAAACCCCAGCAAAGAUCUUCGUCUUCACGCAGUCCUUGGUUAAAAUAGGUGUAUGCAUUCCGUCUUCAUGCACUGACGAAAACUUCGCAGUCAUAGUAAAUGAUGCGCUUUCAAAGUGGAACCUCGCCAGUGUCGUUGCACUCUGUGACUACAACGAACCACCGGAGGAGACGCCUGUGCUAAUUAUCUUCUUUCUUGGAAUAUUUGCGGCCACGGUGGCUCUGGCCACACUUGUGGACGUGGUCAAUCCAGCGAAGCCCACCGCCAAGGACCACCAGUGUGUUGUUGGAAACACAGGUAAAUUUCUUAUGGUGCGCUUCCGCACGUUGUCUGUGAUGUGCACCAUGCGUGAGACGUUUCGCUUUGACACCUGUAAAGAGGAUCGGCUCGACAUCUUCAACGGACUGCGCGCAUUGGCCAUGGUGUGGACAAUCGCCCUUCACACACACCUCUACAUAGACGAAAUCGCCCUAGGAAACAUCGACGAAGUGUUUCGAAAGUCCAGAACGUUGCCAAGGCAGCUUAUCGUGAACGCAACCAUGAGCGUGUCAGUGUUUCUGACGAUCAGUGGCUUCAUGCAAUGGAAGACAGUCUGGAAUCGAUCGAAUAACGAGAAGAGCAGAGACGGUUGGCUGGCGGUCAUCAUCCACAGGUACCUCAGGUGGGUUGUGAGCUUUUUUUUUUUUUCUUUUCGUUGGAAUGUGCCGGCUCUGUGGCUAAAUGAUCUCGAAUGCACAAAUUUGGUAGUUUCUGCUCUGGCGAGGUGAGGACGCUGUACUUCGAUGUAGCGUAUUGUUGAGUAGCUUACACACGAAGCAGCAAACAAUGCAAAAAUUUAUAUUGGAAGUCGGUAGGGAAAACGCGGUACGUUGCAUCGUCUUAAGCUCUACCAGCACGAGAGGAAAUAUUUAUUCCAUGCAGAACAUGUGCAUUCUUACUACAAAAGUUGUGGUGGAAGCAAAAAGCCACGUGUUAACGUUGCAUAAAUGCGUCUUUAAAAAAAAUGCUAUGAGAAACUUACUGCAUAUAACUUAAGACGACGA